GGAAUGUCCCACGGAGCCGAGCUCCAGCAUCGCCCGCCCGGAGCCGCUCCGCGUACGAGAAUUGACUGAGACAGAAGAUCUCUGGGAAAGUAUGGACAUUGGCACCAGGCAGCUCAAUCACACCUUCUAAUAGUCCCAGCAACAGUGUGGGGACAAUGAAAGUACGGCUCAAAGGGGAUGCGAUCUGUACCCUUCUCCUGGUGGUAGCACUUGGCUCCUUACUUUAUUCCCAGCUACAGCACCCGGCCCCAGCAGGAAACAAGGAGCUGACACCUCAGAAACCUUCAGGAACACAGCGAAUCUUCUCCGAUCUCAAAGCACCUGAGAGACUUGUGCCAGUGGAGACAACGGUUCCCAUCCUCCAGAUAAUUCCUAUGGUCAGACAAGCAGAAGUGGCCAGUAGCAGGGUCCAAACGACAACUUCACCACCAUUGACUCAUUCUACCUUCAACUUCAAGCRUUAUCUCCUAAACAAAGACAACAGGAACUUCAACAUUCUUAUUAAUCAACCCAAGAAAUGCAGGAAAAUACCCAGAGGUCCCUUUCUGCUCAUUGCUAUCAAAUCGGUGGUUGAAGACUUUGAUAGGCGCGAGAUCGUCCGUAAGACUUGGGGUAGGGAGGGCUUGGUGAACGGGGAGCAGAUCCAACGAGUUUUCCUCCUGGGAACGCCAAAGAACAAGACAGUGUUAGCAACAUGGGAGACCCUUAUCCAUCAGGAGAGUCAGGCAUACAAGGACAUUUUACUCUGGGACUUCAUGGAUACUUUCUUCAAUUUGACCCUGAAGGAGAUCCAUUUUCUCAACUGGGCUGCUGAAUUCUGCUCCAAUGUGAAAUUUAUUUUCAAAGGUGACGCUGACGUCUUUGUCAACGUAGAGAACAUUGUUGACUUCCUGGAGAGACACGACCCAGCCGAGGACCUCUUUGUUGGGGAUAUCAUCUACAAUGCCCGCCCCAUCCGUGUCCGAAAGAGUAAAUACUAUAUCCCAGAGACCAUGUAUGGACUAAGCAUCUACCCAGCCUAUGCAGGAGGAGGAGGUUUUCUGCUCUCCAGCCACACCAUGAGGAAGCUCUCCAUGGCCUGCAAAGAGGUAGAGCUCUUUCCCAUUGAUGAUGUCUUUUUGGGUAUGUGCUUACAGAGAAUCAAUCUCAAGCCCAUUUUGCACGAAGGCUUCAAGACCUUCGGCAUACUCAAGCCCUCUGCUGCCCCACACCUGCAGACAUUUGACCCCUGUUUUUACAAAGAUCUCAUGGUAGUUCACAGCCUAAAAGUUGCUGAGAUCUGGCUAAUGUGGAACUUGCUCCACAGCCCGAGGCUUGCCUGUACCCAGAGGAAGCAGGUGAAGAAGCCUUUCCAGUGGAAAAAGAAAGCUCAAACAGCAACACGGGCAUCACCUUUGUGAUCAUGCAGACAGACCACCACAGCAACACAGCAGCUGAGCAAGGGAAACUGGGACUCUUGCAACCAACCAAAUGGACUUUAGACAUAUUUUAGCACAUAUUUACUACAUUAAGAGGACAAACUGUGGCAGGAGUUUGCCAAAAUUCCACGUUUGCAUACACAUACUAUAGAGUAGGCGCUUCUCUGCUACUGAGUCAAAAUAAUCUUAACAAUAUCUUUAAUUUAUUAUUUAUUUAUUAGACUUACAGUAGUGCCUAGAGGACCAGCAAGUACGAAUGCAUUGUAAAACACAAGCCUUAGAGAUUUUUCAGUAUUGCUAGAGAUGUGACAAGCGGGAAGAGAAAGAAAGGGUAAGAGAUCAUGCUACGGAGCACAGGGGUGGUUGUCAGCUUGUUACCUCAGUUAGAACCAUUAGGACUCAUGGAGAAAUUACCAAAACCAUACAGUAACUAAAGUAAGUGAAAUCCAGUCUUCCCCACGAAUGCUCAAAUCAAAAAUGUGAAGAAAAUAACAGYUAGCAGAGCUGUUGAAAGAGGGUCCCAGCUAAGACAGACUAGAAAAAAACAAAUUGGAGUCUGAGGCCUGGCAUGGCCUGGCACGGAGGAGGAUGAUAUGGGGUAUUUUCAGGAUACACCUUCAAGGAACUCCUUGAAAUACAAAAUUCUCAUGGGAGGUUUACGAGUAGCUCUGCAGGGUGUAGAAAUGAGCCUUAUUGAUGGGUAAAAACAGUCAUUCUCCUGCCUGAAGAAACGUGACAGGCAUGUAUUUAUGAGCUUGUACAGCAGUGUAUUAUCUGUGAUCAGUUUACGAGUUGGGAACUUAUUUAUACUGUAAUUAAAAGUUAGAAUGUAAACACGCCUCCCUAAUUGUCAGAGUCURUUGAGUACAUCUGUGUGCGUGGCUUACCAAGAUGAACACCACAUGUCCUUCCACGUCAGCACCACGGAAAGGCCUCUGAGCUCAUUGUUUGGGAUAACCUGGCAAAUCUUUUCUUAUGAUGGACUUAAUUCAAUGGUAAUGAUACGAAAAUAAACACGGCUUACCUUAUGCUUUUCUACAAUGCAGCAUCAAGCUCAGCCGUUAUUUAUUAAGCAGAUCUUCCCUUCAGGCUUGGAUA